AUGGCCAAUGAAAAUGUUGAUGCAGUUGUACAAGAAUUAGCAAGCAAAAAUAAAUCUAUAAACGAUUUAGAAAAUAGUCAUGUAGUAGCAUCGACUUUUUCUAACGAGGCCUAUGUGUGUGACCGUCAAUUUGCUAUUGUACUAGCUCAAUUAAUAACUGUCAGUGAACGUGAAAAAGUUUAUAAAUGGCUAGAAAGACUCGACACAAUGACAAAAUGUGAAGAAAUGCGAGAAGAGCGAGCAAUGUACCUUAGAUUUUUGAUCAUGUGCUUAAACAAUGGAAAAUUAGUACCACCUUUUACUAAGAUACCACCGGCAGAAUUACGUCCUUUGAGUGUUGUUAUGCCACGAUCUGUAUAUAAUCAGGUGUUCAAAGAAAAACUACCUUGCAGUAGAUUAUGUCAUCCUACACCCCAAGAUACUUCAAAUAAAAAAUAUUGCCUACCAGAUGAAAUUGAACCUAAAUUAUUUUUUGCUAGACAGCCUAUACCACGAAAUGGAGUUAUUUCCUACGCUGCCGCAUUCAGUACAAAAUGA